AUGGCAGAGAAACAAGUGAAAAUGAAAAUUGAUCCAUUCGAUAACAAUAAUGAAGAAGUGAAAUCUGGCAAGUGGUCAUGGAGAGAAAUUCAUCUUCAAUUCAUUUUGUUCACUUCCCCUCUUCCACUAUUCUUCAUUAUAACCGGUGCCCUCAAAUAUUAUGAUUGUGAUUUCCUCCUUGCAAUUUGGAUGAUUGUUAUGGGUGUUCUGAUGGAACUGGAACUUGUCUACAUCUCUGUAUAUUUUCAACGAUUGUCUGUUGAAUCGAAAACCGAAUUGGAUUUGGAUGAUGCCAUUUUCGGACAAUAUGUGGGACAGCGAUUGAAAGAUCCAAUGCUACAAAAAAGCAUAAAACUUCAUUUCAAAAUUGGAUUCUUGUCAUAUUUCGGAAUUGCGAAAUGCUAUUAUAUUGUUCUCUGGUCGAAUUAUUGCAGUGGUUUCGUUUUCUGGCCAACUCUUUUGAUUUCCCUGUUUUAUGGAAUUUCUUUAGUUGUUCUUGUGUGUUUCAGUGUCUGUAAGUCUAAGCCAGGAAAACAUCAAAACAUGAUUGUUUGA